AUGGUCGGAACCACUAUCGACAACAACCCUUUGGACCCAACAUCUGUCCAGAAGCGUACUUCAAUCGAUGGAAAUGACAAGAAGAAUACGCCGAGAACUGGAGUGCGCAGAAUGAGCGACUUGGAGACGAUCGUUCACGAGAGCCGAAAUGUUGCACCCUCUUCCCAAGCCAUCUGUGCCGAGCUCGCGCACGAGCACGCUAUCGAAGAUCUCCAUCAAAUUACUGAUCAUAUGUCGGAUGAUAAUAACCCAGCGAGAGGUAUGGCAUGA